AUGAAUUCUGAAGUUCAUAAUCAAAUAAGAGAUAAAUUCUCUGAAGUUUUCAAAAGAGGAUCUAAUAUUAAUUAGGCGCAUCCUUUUGAAGCAUUUGCUAUUCUAUUCUUGUUAGUUGUUUGGCCAUUUAUGGAAACCCAAAAGCACCAAGAAGUUCAUCUGACAAUCAGAGUCCUACUAUUAUCAUCAUUAAUGGGGAUACUGAAGAAAUCAAAGAAAUAAAUUUAAAUAAAUGGGAAUGUAGUGAUGUGCCUCGGUAUUAUCAUACAAAUAUUGAGUGCCAUCUUAUAUAUCUAUCAUAAGUAAAGCAACGAACAUUGUCAAAACUACCUUGUAACAGUUGGUUUCUUGUUGUUUAUUUGUAAUCGAUUUUCUUUAACUAAUGUGCGGAUUAUCUCUUAUUCAAUUUCGUUACUCUCCUUAAUCAUUCAGGUACUGUUCCAAACCCAAGUCAUUAUCAUUCUCAAGUAUAGUGCUCUGGCAGUCAUAGGUAUAGAAGGUUCGAUCUGGAAAAUGAAUUAUUGGAAUAAAGAAUAAAAUAAGAAAUUGCAUGAUUUUGGAAGAGAAUUGGAAUUUUUGAAAGAUGAAUACAUCGAGUAAAUUAAUAAGAUAAACGAGAAGGUAGAGUCUCCAAUUUAGGAACAAAUCUCCUCUAGGGCUAAUGAUUUAUUAAGGAAACUGAGAUUAUUAAAAUACCAGUAAUUAUUAAUUAAAAGUAAUAAUGUUCAGAAAGGAAUAACACGUAAACCCAAUAAAUUAAACACCGAUAUUCAUAAAAAUUCAUUUUCAGCUAGAUAAUUGCCAGAUCAACAUGAUGAUGAUCGUAGUUCAAUAGACGAGAGUCUAAUUGAAGAUGCUGGUAAUCAGAAUAACAAUCACAAUGAUUCCAAUAAUAAUGGCAUAAAUUAAAAUCCUCCGAUAUUUAUUAGAAAAUCUUAAAGAAUGAUGACUAGUGCAACAGAUUAAAUUCAAUAUAGAAAUAAUGAAAAUUCGCACAGUGCAUCAUUUUAAGAGAAGAAUCAGGAAGAGGUUCAAAUUACUAUUGAGGAUAUUGAUGAUUUACUGAAUUUACUAUCGAGUAAAAAGGACACCAUAUGGCUUCCUAAGUUUUUAAGAAGAAGGUUUCACUAUAGAUGCAAAAUAGUAAGAAUAGUCAUUUAUGAUUAUAGAUUUCUACUUUCCCAUUUUACUUAAAGGUAGCCUUCAUUUUAAUUUAUUGAUGUUAUAGAAGAUUCAGAUUCUGAAGAAGUAUUUGAUGAAAUUGAUUUUAAUAUGGAUUAUUUGCAAUUUUGGAAAUUGUAGGAUAAUACUUAAACUAGAGUGUUUAUUGAAACAUCCAUUAAUUUAUUUAAAAGAUUUAGAAUAGCUUAAACAUUAAAGAUUACAAAAUAAGAUAUGAUUGGUGAUUUUGCCCUUAAAUUAUUUACCUAGUAUCAUAACAAUUUGUACCAUAAUUCAUUGCACGCAUUGGAUGUAGCCAAUUCAACUGCCUUCUUUUUAAACAAUGGACUAGAUGCAUAAUUAGAUGAAUUUGAAUUUGCUUGUUUAAUAGUCUCUUCCCUUGCUCAUGAUUUAGGUCAUCCUGGAUUGAAUAAUGGAUUUAUGACUACAAAUAGAUGUAAAUUAGCACUUUUAUACAAUGAUUAGAGUGUAUUGGAAAAUUACCAUUCAUUCCUCUUAUUUUAAAUUUUACAAUAGGAACAGUUUAAUUUAAUUUAAAAUCUUGGGUUGCCAGAUUAGAAGGGAUUUAGAAAAUAUUGUUUAAAUCUAAUUUUAGACACAGAUCUCACAAAACAUUUCUAAUUGAUGAAUAGAUUUUAGAACUACUUGGACUUAUCAGAAUCUCAAGUUACUGAUAAAUCAUUAGUGAUGUCUAUUUGUAUAAAGUGUGCAGAUGUUGGUCAUGGAGCGAAAUAACUUAAAAUGCAUAAGUUAUGGAGUCGUAGAAUUAUUGAAGAAUUCUUUUUAUAGGGAGACUUGGAAGAUUAUUUGAAAGUUCCUAUAUCUCCUAUGUGCGAUAGAAAAUAGAGUGUCGUAAAGUCAUAGGAAGGGUUUCUAAAGGCAAUUGUGCUACCAAUGUUUAAUGCUUUUGCUAAAUUAUUAUAAAAUGAGAAAGUGAAUUCAAUAUGUUUGUCGUAGAUCCAUUAAAAUUUAUAAUAUUGGCAAUAGCAGAUAAAUGAUGAAGAAUUUAUGAAGGAGACCUAUGUUGAAUCUUCAGGAGUAGAAAACUUAAAGAAAUUUUUGAAUUAGCCCCUAUAACUUAAUUUAUGA